GUGCUGUACUACGCUGUGUUAUACAAAUGAACACAUGAUUCACUGCGGGCAAUGGCGUGCUGGGGUGGAUAGAAGCCGUUUUUUUUUUCCCGUUUCCGUGAUAUGAGUUACUGUCCGUGCGGUGAGGUGUGACAAGGCGGCGACUGAAGGAUUAGAACCGUGAGUGGGAAUCUGAAUACCGAUUGCAGUCGGCCACGGCACCAUGAGUGAGAACGAUGCGGCCGCGACCAACGGCUCGGCGACUGCCGCUGAGGGCGAGGGCGAGGGUGGUCUCGGUGACGCCAUCACCGAUGCGUUCGCUGCCCUGGCCACCGCCGACCCGGCCGAGCACGAGUUCGACGAGCUGCAGUACAUCGACGGCGUCGAUGACGUGGACGCUGACGCCAAAGGGGAUGCGAAGCGCAGCCUGCCGUUCUCGAGCAUCCACGCACCGCCGGAGGACUUCAAGUCGGUGAACCGGCGCUGCUUCAUACCCAGCCAGCCGAUCCGGUGUACCAUUACCAAGUACGAGCGUACCAGCACGUCACAUCUGCUCAACCCCUACCUGUACGUGAUCGAGUGCCAGCAUGGCUCGUUCCAGUGGACUAUCCGGCGCCGGUACAAGCACUUCAGCAGCCUGCACAAGUCGCUGCGCCUGUUCCGCACCGCCAUGCGGCUGCCGUUCGGCACGCGGCACCACAAGCUGCGCAGGAAGACGUACAUGGAGCGCAAGGGUGCCGAGCAGCCCACCAUACCCAGGAUGCCGAAGCGCGGCGACUCGAUGCUAACGGAAGACGAGCUGCCGGAGCGGAUGAAGCAGCUCGAGGACUACCUGAACGCCGUGCUGCGCUCUCGGCUGUACCGAAACCACCACGACAUGUUGGACUUCCUGGAAGUAUCGCAGUGGUCGUUUGUGCACGAGCUGGGCAUCAAGGGCAAGGAGGGCCUGGUGCGGAAACGGGUCGGCAGCAAACAGGGCAACCGCGGACCCGUCUACUGCGGACUCUGCUUCAAGUGCCGUAAAUGCGCGGCCAACUGUUUUGCCCUGUGGCGGAAACGCUGGCUGAUCGUGAAGGACACGUACGUGGCGUACGUCCGGCCGCGUGACGGAACACUGCACUCGGUGAUGCUGAUGGACAAUGGCUGGGACGUGAACCGGGGCAUCCUCGGCUCGGACACGGCCAAAUCGCUGACGAUCGUCAACUCGAGCCGUAACCUGCUGGUCUCCUGCUGGACCAAACGCAAGGCCAAGGAGUGGAUGGACGCGCUCAAACUCUCGCUCGAGACGUAUGGCCGACAGUUUGUCGACGCCAACCGGUACGAGUCGUUCGCUCCGGUGCGCGACUGCUCGUGCCGCGCGCGCUGGUACGUGGACGGCAGCGACUACAUGCGUGACGUGGCGGACGCCAUGGAGGCGGCCCGGGAGGAGAUUUUCAUCACCGACUGGUGGCUGUCGCCGGAGAUUUUCCUCAAGCGGCCGGCGCUCGACUCGCAGUACUGGCGGCUCGACCAGAUCCUGCUGCGCAAAGCGAAACAAGGCGUCAAGGUGUACGUGAUGCUGUACAAGGAGGUGGAGAUGGCGCUCGGCAUCAACAGCUUCUACAGCAAGCAGAAGCUCAUGCAGCACGACAACAUCAAGGUGAUGCGUCACCCGGAUCACGCCAGUUCGGCGGUGCUUUUCUGGGCGCACCACGAGAAACUGGUGGUGGUCGACCAGAACUACGGCUUUGUCGGCGGCAUCGACCUCUGCUACGGACGCUGGGACGACCACUUCCACAGGCUGGUGGACCAGGGCAGUGUGGGAGACCUGGAGCGGUCGGGCCACUUCCAGACGGCAGCCGUCACCUCCAGCACACCAGCCGGCUCUCAGCUGCCGCUCACACUGUUAGCACUGGCCCAGGGCACCAACCUGGUCACCAUCGGCACUGUCUCCGGACAGGGUGACGAACUGCCUGAUCAGAUGAAAGCCAAUGUCGACAUGGUGGACGCCGCCCUGGCGCGGGAGGACUCGGAACCCGAGAAGGCCGAUGAAGACGGAGAGAUCGCCAGGAAGGGCGAGACGCCGCCCAUGCAGCGGCGAAAACUGCUCAGGAACAUGGUGCGCAUGCGCGAAGUGGCCAGCGUAUGGAGUCACGAGCUGGCCGAUCGGGGCCGGCGGCAUCUUCACAGGAGUGAGGACGAGACGGGCGGUGAGGACGGUCCGGCCUCCUCGGAGGAGCCCGCCGUCUCCGAGACGGUCACCAAGUCAGAGGCGGCGCCCGUGAUGGCCGCCGUGGCCGCCGCAGAGGCCGGCAUGCUCGACGAAGUGGACGCCAGGCGCGUCAAGAAGCUCAAGGCCAAGCUGUGGGUCGGCAAGGACUACGCCAACUUCAUCGUCAAGGACUUCGCCGUGGACUCGCCGUUCACUGACCUGGUGGACCGAGCGUCUGUACCGCGGAUGCCUUGGCACGACAUAGCCACGGGAGUGACAGGCUCCGCGGCGCGGGACGUGGCGCGACACUUCAUACAGCGCUGGAACGCCAUCAAGGUGGAGAAGCUGCGCUACAACCCGGCCUACGAGUUCCUGCUGCCCAAGGGCUACCAGACGUGUGACUCCAUCCCCGAGGUGCUUACCACGCCCAGCUUCAAGACCAAGUGUCAGAUUGUGCGCAGCGCCUCGCAGUGGUCGGCCGGCAUCAAGGACACGGAGGAUUCGAUCCAGCAGGCGUACAUCGACCUCAUCAGCCGCGCCAAGCACUAUAUCUACAUGGAGAACCAGUUCUUCAUCUCGCUCUGCGGCAUCAACGCCGACGUCAACAACCGGGUCUGCGAGGCGCUCUUCCAGCGCAUCCUGCGCGCCCACAAGGAAGGAGCGAAGUUCCGCGUGUACGUCAUCAUCCCGCUGCUGCCCGGCUUUGAGGGCCAGGUGGGCACCGCCGGCGGCACGGCCAUCCAGGCCAUCACCCACUGGAACUACUCGUCCAUCUGCCGAGGUCAGUACAGCCUGCUGAGCCGUCUGACAGACCGCGGCGUGGCUGACCCGACCCAGUACAUCUGCUUCCACGGUCUGAGAACACACUCGGAGCUGGGAGGGAAGCCCGUCACGGAGCUCAUCUACGUGCACAGUAAGCUGAUGAUUGUCGACGACGACUCGGUCAUCUGUGGCUCGGCAAACAUCAACGACCGUAGCCUGCUCGGCAACCGAGACUCCGAGGUCUGCAUGGUCGUCGAGGACCUGGAGUUCGAGGAGGGCGUUAUGAACGGCGAGCCGGUGCAGGUGGGCCGCUACGCCGGCUCCAUGCGCCGACACCUGUUCAAGGAGCACCUCGGCCUCCUGGAGACCCCCGACGAGAGCGUCGACGUGCGAGACGCCACCAGCGACGACUUCUAUAAGAGCGUCUGGCUCAAGUUCUCCAGCAAGAACACCGACGUGUUCGAGAAGGUGUUCCGGUGCAUCCCCACCGACUCGGUCAAGAGUUUCGUACAGCUCCAGGAGUAUCAGCGCGAGGUACCGCUGGCACUCUCCUAUCCGUCGCGCGCAAAGGACAUGCUCAAGGAUGUCAGGGGGCACCUGGUGGACCUACCGUUGGCGUUCCUCGAGUCCGAAAACCUGACGCCCGACCUGGGUACCAAGGAGUCCAUGGUGCCCACCUACAUGUGGACGUGAUCGCUGAUCGACGCGACCCGCCCGCACCGCCGGCGCUACUCGAGACACCUGCACCCGCCGACUAGUGGCUGCUGUACAGUCUGCUGAGUUCUUUUCGGUAGCUGAGGAGUGGGUGAUGGAGAGUUCACUUGGGCAGCAAUCAGGUAACCUACGGUCUGCACACACCUUACCCUACCCUACAAUCAAUUCAUGGCUCAUCUGUUCAAAAGAUUGUCCAUUUGUCCACUAAUCGCCUUUGAGACUCUGCUCUGCUCGGUGCCUUGGUGAUCCUCAAUCUCGGAAGCUAUGCAUUUCGGUACCUGUGUGCUGGCACUGUCUCGCUGCCGCAGUGACCGUGGAUUUUUGUGUGCGGUGGCGGGCUACCGGCGCUGCGUCUGAGUGUCUUCCGACCGAGGCUGUUUGCCGGCGGCAUUGCGGCCUUACGGUCACUCAGGGGAGCGGCUCGGUGGAGCGCGAACGGCCGCGCUCCGACACCGGCACACCCGAAAUAGCACACACCCCGGGCCGCCGUCUGAACCGCGGCGCGCACACUGGGCUAGUUGAUAGCUGCAUCGCCGAAACCGGCUGGUCGUCCCGCGUGUUGCGGUCGAAUGAAACGAAUUUACACGCUAGCCAGGCUUAGCUUAGGCUUCUUUGUUGAGAGCGGCAUCUGCGCUAUGUGCUGGAUGUACGUGUUUUGUUUUGAUUUAGAUGUCACCCUGUUCGACUUCUACUGAUGGAGGUUCGUUGUUCCUUGUGUUUUUAAGACACGUUUUCUAUCAAACGCUUUGCAGGUUCAGCUGUAUCCAUGCUGUGGACCCCUGCGUCAUCAGAUUAUGUACUGGCAAGUGUUGUUAGUUGAAAAAGAGAAACUUUUCAGUCAAGAAAGUGAAACAAUAGAAAUAGGGCCUCUGACAUUCAGCAGUCAGAUACAGUUUUACCAUGGUUAAGACCAUUUAAUCAUGCAUCCCCACCGCGCCGGUACGCUCGGCGCCCGGUGAUUGAGCCUGACCGUGUCCCGAAAUAGAGGCCGGUGCUAUGCUCUCUUUCUGUAUCUCACCAUCGCUGCUUGCUUUCUAAAUCGAUAGCCGAGAAGACGGCGAUCAAGGAUAGCUUGAAGCUUUAAGUUGCAAGGCCUAUUGGUUGCGAUUACUAUAGGUUGCAUGGCAAUGCUACGUUAUGAGAAAAAUCAAACAGCUUUUUCGCCUUUUUUAGCUGCUGUGGUCUAAAAUAAUUCAUGAUUACGGGUUUUCUGCCUUCUUUGCUUAUCCUUUAGAAUGUAAAGCUGAAAUGCAUAAUUGUUUUGCCAUUAGGCAUCAGUACCUAACUAUUUCGACAGUUUAGUUCCCUGCCCGAUUUUUUUUUUUUAAGAAGGCGAUUUUUUUAUUUAGACGCGCAGUUGGCAGUUUCUUUGGGCAGUUGUUUAUUGUGAAUCUGUGUCGACAAUACCUAUCGAUACUUGUUUUGUACUCGGCUUCCGUUGGUAGGAGGUAGCUGCUUUGUUCACGCUCCUGUUAGUUUCCAUCUGUGUUGUUUUUAGUUGUGAUCGUUUGCUACUCUUUUAAUGUUGGGUAGGGUUCUGUUGCUACUGUGCCGCACAGCGACAAAUGGCAGUCGCAGUCGAUUAACAUCUGAUUCCCUUUGAAUGUGUCUUGUUAAGAGCUGAAAGAUGUUUAGGUCCGUGUGUACCAUUCAGUGGUGAUUUGUUGUUAGUUAUACCGCUGCAUAAGAGGCUUGAGCAAGAUUGAUAUGAUUUAGAUAAUCCCUGUCGUAUUUUGCAACAAAAACUGAAAGCAAUGUAGUAUUUUUCUAUCUAAAAUCGUUAGAUAAAUGUAAUUUUGCGGAUGUGUAAACGAUUUACGCAAUUGUAUUACCAAUUGUGUAUGUAUGCGUGUGUAUGUCCCUAGAGAGGACUGUACUGUAUUUGUUAAGCCUUCAACACAGAGUUUAGGCGUCUGUGCGGCCACGGUGCUUGACGAACAAUCUGGUGCUGAUGUCUAUCGAUUCAUCUGCGGCACGGCAGGGCGUCGUGUCUCGGCUGCGGGAAACGCGUGCACUAAUCGCUCACGCACUGCACUCGACAUAGACUAGAGGACCGCUCUUUAUGACUUGCAUGCGUACAAGAGGUGUGCGAAAUAUACAUUACGAUCAA